UUCGGGCCCAUAUGGUAUUUUCUGGGUCGGGUUGAGUAAGGCCAAAUCCGCCCCGCCCCUUUGCCCUACUCUCUGAGUCUCUCACAGCGACCAGUCCGACCACCCUUCCACCACCGUAGCGCCACCGCCUCCCGUGCCCUGCCACCUUCUGACCGCAAGGCCUCCUACUGUCACACAUCCACCACCAACCGCCUCCCCUCCUCCCACUGCGGCGGAACCACGGCGGCGGCAUGGUGACCUGUGGUGCAUAUGCGUGUUGCUGCCAUGGAUUCACGGUGGUGGUAUACUGGUACGUGCGGUGGUUGUGCUAUGGUGCUGUGGAUUUAUACCUUCCAAAUCUCCCGUACUAAUGUCCAGAUGUAUUGAUACUGUGUUGCAUUGUGAUGGACGGUGGUGAACUGUAUAGAGCAAGUAGUAGCUUAAGAAGAAACAGUUCCGCAAUUUGGAGGACCAGAAGUGCUAACAUUUUCUCGCGGUCAUCACGAGGAGAGGACGAUGAAGAAGAUCUUAAAUGGGCUUCACUCGAGAAACUACCCACUUUUGACCGAUUACGGAAAGGGUUACUGAAAGAGUCACUUGGCGCCACCAAUGAAUUAGUUGACGUUGAAAAUCUUGGGUUUCAAGAAAGGAAGAAUUUGAUCGAACGGUUGGUGAGAAUCGCUGAUGAAGAUAAUGAGAAGUUAUUGUUGAAGCUCAAGGGCCGGAUUGAUAGAGUUGGAAUUGUUAUACCCACAAUUGAAGUCAAAUUUGAGCAUCUAAACGUUGAUGCAGAAGCUUAUGUGGGAAGUAGGGCUUCACCUACUUUUAUCAAUUACUCUGUUAAUAUGCUGGAGGGGUUCUUGAACUAUCUCCAUAUACUUCCUAGUAGAAAGAUACAUCUGUCCAUCCUCCGUGAUGUUAGUGGAAUUAUCAAGCCUUGCAGAAUGACUCUUCUUUUAGGUCCUCCAGGUUUUGGAAAGACUACACUGCUGUUGGCUUUAGCUGGAAAGCUUGAUUCUGAUCUUGACUUUUCUGGAAGUGUGACCUACAAUGGCCAUGGCAUGAAUGAGUUUGUACCACAGAGAACUGCUGCAUAUAUUAGUCAGCAUGAUCUCCACAUAGGGGAAAUGACCGUGAGAGAAACUUUGGCUUUUUCGGCAAGAUGCCAGGGAGUUGGAUCCCGUUAUGAGCUGUUAGCAGAGUUAUCAAGGAGAGAGAAAGCAGCAAAUAUUAAGCCUGAUCCUGAUGUCGAUAUUUUUAUGAAGGCAGCAGCAACAGAAGGGCAAGAGGCAAGUGUAGUCACGGAUUACAUUCUAAAGGUUCUUGGUCUCGAAGGCUGUGCAGAUACUAUUGUUGGGGAUGAAAUGUUACGAGGUAUCUCUGGAGGACAAAGGAAGCGUGUCACAACAGGUGAGAUGCUCGUUGGACCAGCUACAGCACUUUUCAUGGAUGAGAUAUCUACUGGUUUGGAUAGUUCAACAACUUUCCAAAUUGUGAAGUCUCUUGGUCAAUAUGUCCACAUUCUGAAAGGAACAGCUCUCAUCUCUCUUCUGCAGCCGGCACCAGAGACUUAUGAGUUAUUCGAUGACAUCAUUCUAUUAUCUGAUGGCCAGAUUGUUUAUCAGGGUCCCCGUGAACAAGUGCUUGCGUUUUUUGAAUCUAUGGGCUUCAAAUGUCCGGAGAGAAAAGGUGUGGCUGACUUCUUGCAAGAGGUGACAUCAAAGAAAGAUCAGAAGCAGUAUUGGGCACGUAAAGAUGUGCCUUACAGUUUCGUUACAGUCAGCCAAUUUGCUGAGGCAUUCCAAUCAUUCCAUGUGGGACAGAGACUUGGAGACGAGCUUGAAGUUCCAUUUGACCGGACUAAAAACCAUCCGGCUGCUUUGGUAACCAGAAAAUACGGUGUUUGUAAGAAGGAACUCUUGAAAGCUUGCACCUCAAGAGAACUCUUGCUUAUGAAACGGAACUCAUUUGUCUACAUAUUCAAACUCAUGCACAUCGCUGUAAUGGCAUUCAUUACAAUGACAGUCUUCCUAAGAACUGAGAUGCACCGGAAUUCGAAAACUGAUGGAGUAAUUUACACUGGUGCUUUGUUUUUCACUGUGAUUAUGGUCAUGUUUAACGGAAUGUUGGAAAUUCCCAUGACAAUUGCAAAGCUUCCCGUCUUUCACAAGCAAAGGGACCUUCUCUUUUAUCCCCCAUGGACAUACGCUUUACCCACGUGGAUCCUCAAGAUUCCAAUUACAUGUGUUGAGGUUGCCUUGUGGGUGGUACUCACUUACUACGUCGUUGGAUAUGAUCCAAAUAUUGGGAGAUUGUUUAGACAGUACUUGGUACUUGUACUUGUAAACCAGGUGGCUUCCGCAUUGUUCCGAUUUAUUGGUGCAGCUGGUAGGAAUAUGAUUGUUGCAAACACGGUUGGUUCAUUUGCAUUGCUCAUGCUUUUCGCGUUUGGCGGCUUUAUUCUGUCACGAGAGGAUGUGAAGAAAUGGUGGAUAUGGGCUUACUGGAUGUCACCGUUGAUGUAUGGACAGAAUGCAAUUCUAGUAAAUGAGUUCCUAGGGGAUAGUUGGAGACAUGUUCUCCAAAAUGAGACAGAGCCAUUAGGAGUAGUGGUAUUGAAGAAUCGAGGGUUCUUUCCUGAUGCAUACUGGUAUUGGAUAGGAGUUGGGGCAUUGCUUGGAUUUGUACUCCUGUACAACUUUUGUUUUACUCUAUCUCUCGCUUAUCUCAACCCUAUUGGAAAGCCUCAAGCUGUUAUUCCAGAGGAAAGUCGAAGCAAGGCAAAUGAUGAUCAAGUGAAUGGCUCUGUUGGGGGAACUCAAUCCAAAGAGAGAGGAGAUCAGAUUAGGCGGCAAAGCAUCUCAUCUGGGUCCUCAUCCAUGAGAACAAUAGCCAUUGUCGAUGCCAAUCACAGUAGGAAGAAAGGAAUGAUUCUUCCGUUUGAACAACAUUCCAUUACAUUUGAUGAUAUUACAUACUCUGUUGAUAUGCCACAGGAAAUGAAAGAUCAGGUUGCAGUGGAAGAUAAACUAAUGCUUCUGAAGGGUGUUAGUGGAGCUUUCAGGCCCGGUGUUCUGACGGCCCUAAUGGGUGUCAGUGGUGCUGGUAAAACAACUCUGAUGGAUGUACUCGCAGGUAGGAAAACUGGUGGAUAUGUUGAAGGUAACAUUACAAUUUCUGGCCACCCAAAGAAGCAAGAGACGUAUGCUCGGAUUUCUGGUUAUUGUGAACAAACCGACAUCCACUCUCCUCAUGUUACUGUCUUUGAGUCCUUGCUCUACUCAGCUUGGCUGCGGUUGCCUCCAGAAGUCAAUUCCGAAACUAGAAAGAUGUUUAUUGAGGAGGUCAUGGAGCUUGUGGAAUUGACUCCACUGAGUGAAGCACUAGUCGGAUUGCCUGGUGUUAAUGGUCUCUCAACUGAGCAACGUAAGAGGCUGACGAUAGCAGUUGAGCUAGUUGCUAACCCCUCCAUAAUUUUCAUGGAUGAGCCUACUUCAGGCUUAGAUGCAAGAGCUGCUGCAAUUGUGAUGAGAACAGUUAGGAACACAGUGGACACAGGAAGAACAGUUGUGUGCACCAUCCAUCAGCCAAGCAUCGACAUAUUUGAAGCUUUUGAUGAGCUUUUCCUAAUGAAGCGAGGUGGCCAAGAGAUAUAUGUUGGGCCAUUGGGUCGUCAUUCUUGCCAUCUAAUCAAGUAUUUUGAGGGAAUUGAAGGAGUAAGUAAAAUUAAAGAUGGCUACAACCCCGCGACCUGGAUGUUGGAAAUUACUGCUCCAGCACAAGAAUUGGUUCUUGGAGUUGAUUUUGCCGAAGUGUACAAAAGUUCUUCACUGUACAGGAGAAACAAAGCCCUAAUUACAGAAUUGAGUGCGCCUCGUCCUGGUUUUAAGGACCUCUAUUUCCCUACUCAAUACUCGCAGAGUUUCUUCACCCAAUGCAUAGCUUGCCUAUGGAAACAACAUUGGUCCUACUGGCGGAAUCCGCCAUAUACUGCAGUACGAUUUAUCUUCACAACCUUCAUAGCACUGAUGUUUGGUACGAUUUUUUGGGACCUUGGUUCCAAAAGGUCAAAGCAACAAGAUCUGUUCAAUGCUAUGGGUUCUAUGUAUACCGCUAUUCUCUUCCUAGGAGUCCAAAAUGCCUCAUCAGUGCAGCCAGUGGUGGCUGUUGAACGGACAGUCUUUUACAGAGAAAGAGCUGCUGGAAUGUAUUCUGCCAUGCCUUAUGCCUUUGCUCAGGUUAUUAUUGAACUACCGUAUGUCUUUGCACAGUCUGCAGUGUAUGGUGUCAUAGUAUACGCAAUGAUUGGGUUUGAAUGGACUUUUGCCAAAUUCUUGUGGUACUCUUUCUUCAUGUACUUCACAUUACUGUACUUCACCUUUUAUGGCAUGAUGACUGUGGCUAUGACUCCAAAUGGCGACAUUGCGGCGAUUAUUGCCUCGGCCUUCUAUGCGCUAUGGAACCUCUUUUCAGGAUAUUUAGUCCCACGAACUAGACUUCCUGUGUGGUGGAGAUGGUACUACUGGACGUGCCCAGUUUCUUGGACCCUGUACGGCUUGGUCGCAUCACAGUUUGGAGACGUACAGGACUUGCUUGACACAAACGAAACAGUUGAACAUUUCUUGAGGAAUUACUUUGGUUUCAAACAUGAAUUCGUUGGAGUGGUUGCAGCAGUGGUGGUUGGGUUCACAGCUUUUUUUGCUCUCGUCUUUGCCUUCUCUAUAAAGGCGUUUAAUUUCCAGCGGCGAUAAAAUUCGUGAUAUGACCACCCGAAAAUUUGUGUCCCCCUUGUUUUAGCUCUUCUUCCAGUCGCGCGAUGUGGCUGUUUGAAAUCAGGAAACAAUUGUUUUGUGGAAACAGAACAGGGUUUUCAGGGAGCCUGUAGUCUUUGAAGGAACUGCUGUAAUGUACUCCGUAUUAUGCCCAAUAGUGGGUUCAACUUCAUUUUAUAAGCUUGGACUUUGGAGAGAUGUUUUU